ACCACGAGUUGUUUUGACGUAUGUUAAAUGCCCGCCGCAUCCCUAACUUUUAUGAGAUCCUGACACGAAAUGUUGUUCUAUUACAAAACGUUGGAAAGAAAAUAUAGAUUGAAGUUACCCUUAUGAUAGUGUGAGAAGUAUAUUAACGACCCUUCGGCUGCCUAAUAGAGCUUUAUCGAACAACGUGCCUUAGUAUAUUUUCUUUAACCCCCGUAAAUUAGACACAGCUCAUUGAUAACUUUAGCCUUAUAACUAUUGUCCACAUGACAAAUAUUCGGUCCAAAUCUGUCCAUGAUAAUAAUAUACGUAUAUAUUUAAUAAAAAAAAUGGGUGAUAUGAAACGAAGUGCCAAUAUAUGCCAAAUAAAUAUAUAAAACUGAGAAGAAUAGUUUGUUUGUGUGGAUGGUGUUGUUAGGAUGUCAGUGUGGUCGGGCGGUGAGGUCCGCGCGCCGCCCGCGGCCACUAUCCCAUCAGCAAACACCUCCAUGGAGUCCGGGAUCGAGGCGGGAGUGCUACCAACGGUCACGGGAUCGCUCGCCUCUGCUAGGGAUUCGUUGGGAUCGCUAUCCCGGGCUGCGGAACCAGUCUACGACACCGACCACACGGACCUGGGUUCGGAAUUGGACGAGGCGGAAAUACGAAGGGAGUUGAUGCAUGAUAAAUGGCGUCUGCUUUUUGAUAGGUUUGAUCCUGAAGGCUUCGGGGAGAUACCGUGGCCAGACUUCCUACAGACCCUACAGAACCCUGAUUUUAUAGCCCAGGUGCCGCCUCAUAAGCGUGAGAUACUAUUGGAUAAAGCCAAAAGUGCAACAAGUCCGGCCAUAACGUUUCAGGAAUUCGUAAAUGUGAUGAGCGGCAAGCGCACGCGCAGCUAUAGAUGUGCGGUGCAUCAAAGAGACAGAGAAGUCAGCUCUGAGAACGACUUUCAUUUACUAUUAGAAGAUCCAACACUUUUUGCCAGGAUGGUUCAUCUCGUGGCUAUGGAAGUGCUCCCGGAGGAGAGGGAUCGGAAAUACUAUCAGGAAAGAUACACGUGCUGUCCCCCGCCGCUCUUCAUCAUCUGCGUCACUUUACUAGAAUUGGGAGUGUUCGCGUGGUACGCGUGGGGCGGCGUGGCGGCCGCGGGCCCGGUGCCUGUGGACUCGCCCCUCGUGUAUCGACCUGACAGGAGACAGGAGUUGUGGCGCUUCCUCACAUACAGCGUGGUACACGCCGGCUGGCUGCACCUCGCAUUCAACUUGCUUGUACAGUUAGCGGUGGGUCUGCCGUUGGAGAUGGUUCACGGUGCGGUGAGGUGUGGCGCGGUGUACUUGGCGGGUGUGCUGGGCGGGUCGCUGGCCGCCUCCGUCCUCGACCCUGAUGUGUGUCUCGCGGGAGCCUCGGGUGGAGUGUACGCCUUACUCGCGGCUCACCUCGCUAAUGCCUUGUUGAACUUCCACGCCAUGAGAUACGGCGCUGUGAGACUCGUGGCAGCCCUCGCCGUCGCAUCCUGUGACGUCGGUUUCGCUGUCCACGCUAGGUAUACUAAGGAGGCGCCGCCUGUAUCGUACGCGGCGCACGUGGCGGGCGCUCUGGCCGGUCUCACCAUCGGACUGUUGGUGUUGAAACACGCACAACAGCGCUUAUGGGAGAGACUGUUGUGGUGGGCGGCGCUAGGAGCGUACGCGGCCUGCACUCUAUUCGCCGUAUUAUACAACGUGUUCAGCGGACCGGUCGAUGAAUUGCACUAUAUGCCGCCCGAUCCGCCGCCAGACGUCGGCUUUUGAUUUUGAAUUUCGAACACUCAAAUGUCAAACUGCCAGUGCUGCCAACGUCAGCCGGUGAAUGUGGCGCCAUGAUCGUAACGACAUUACGCGCGCUGUUGUUGCUGUUUAUUUGGUCGAAAUGCCAUUAUACGGACAUUCGCUGUGAUUUAAAAACCUUUUUUGUAUUACAUUAACAUUGUAUAUGGAUAUUUUUUAAUUUGAAUCAUAUAUCUCGGCGAUUGUCUGUGGAUGUAAUGUUGGUAUAUCGUUUUAAUAGACAUUUGUAAGUCGAGCUAACGAUACCGUCACGUGAUUGUGACCGACUCACAAAACGCCUAGUCAAUUUACCUUAGUGUGAUACGCGAUAAGUAGCAUUAUUAGAGGAGGCUCGUUUUCAGUACGCCCGCCACAGUGAAGAUUUAUGAGUCUUUGUUUUUAUUACGCACCUUAUAACAACGAGAGAUAGUUGGUCCGUUUAAAUGAUUUGAGCUGUUGUUUCCUAUACGACCUCCUCCCUAUACUUAAUUGUUAAGUAGUAUUAAUUAUAUUUGAUAGGUGAAAUAUUUUUGUACCUACUAUCUGCGUCCGUAGUGUUUAGUUUGAAGGCGUUACCGCAACACAGUAUAUAUUAUUCCGUGUGGACUGACAACUCGACCAAAUGCCGGUGUCUCUUUUAUUGUAAGUUAUACAAAGAUGGUUGAUUGAUUUUAUUAUAAACACCGCCCUACGGCAUUUCAUUGAGUGUCAGCGUUGUUAUGCCCAGCACACCAAAGAUUAGAAUAAAAUGGCGUCCAUGCUUCAAUGUUAUAAAUAUUACUUCUUACAUUCUAUAUUGGAUACGAAAAUUAAAAUGCUUCAAUUAAUUGCUCAUUCUUAUAAUAAAAUCUAUAAUAUGUGAUUGCUCAAUCGCAAUAACUAAUCUGAAAUGAUUAUGCUCAAAACUUGAGUUUUUGUUUUGGUUGAUCGAUUGUUAUGUUGUACCUCAUACCUCUAUGGUAUGCCGCGUAAUGUUUUAACAUGUUACUACUCAUUAGUAAAUAGUUAUUAUAUAUAUAAUGUGCCUGAUUCCUAUUAUUGUAAUUUGAUUGUAUAAUUUUAAUAACAAUCAAAUAAUGUCACAAAACCGACUGAUUAUUAUUUUUUUUGUGUAUAAAUUAUUGCAGAGUGUUUUCAUUUAAUUUAUUUUAAGCGUGAAUCAAAGUAAUUAUAAUUAUGUGAUUAUAUGAAAAAAAAAUAAGAUUGAAUAUGAUUAAAAAAGAUUGGAUAAAAAUUA